AUGUUCCAAUCUACUUCGUUUGCGAAAGGUCUUGAGCGAUUUACUACCGCUGGUGAUUCAUCAGGGCACAUUAACUCGAGAUUGGACAACAUGAACCGUGAAAUUUUAUCAGACGCAAACCUGGAUGUUGAUAUGGUACAUCCGAGGCAAACUACUACGUGGACAUCUGACCGUAAUGAACCAUGGAUAUGCGAAUGGGAAACAAGC